UCAUGAACACCACCGCUGCUCCUUGCCCAUAUGGCUGUGACUACUGUGAGUUCCGACAGAUUAAUGAGUCUAUGUACUCAGUGGGAUGUGCGGACUCCUGUGAUGCCUCCAGGUGUGUUAACGCCACCCAGCUGGACUGUGUGAAAGACUGCUGCAACACCACCCACUGCCUCAACGCCACGCUACUAGCCAUGGAACCAACCACCUCUCCGACAGUUCCCAUGACAACCAAAAAAGCUACAAUGACCACAACAACAACAACAACUGCCCCCACGACCAGAGCAUCCAACGGGAUGAAAUGUAAAAGUCUGACAUGUACAGGGGCAGACUGCUACACAACUUCUACGCCAGUGAUGACAUGGUGUUAUGGUGACACAGAAACCUACUGUAAGCUAAUGAAGAUGACCGAAGGCUCCACGGCCACGUGGAUGGCCGGCUGCAGUGUGGACUGCACCGAGCAGACGGCCUGCGGCGCCUCCACCCCGGCCUGCCACCAGGAGUGCUGCAUGGCCUCGGCCGCCGGCGACUGCCUGAAGCUGGACGGCAAGCUCAACAUGCCCAACUCCGGAGGCGGCGGCAGCACCCAGGCCCUACCCUCCACUCUGAUGGGGCUGCUGGGCCCCUGCCUGAUGCUGUGGAUGAUGGUGUUCAUGGGGGAACUGCUCUAGCCUAUUGCGAUGCUGAUGAGGUCAUGCCCAUGUGAUGAUGAUGAUGAUGAGGAGGAGGAGGAGGAGGAGGAGGAUGAUGAGGAGAAGGGUGAUGGUCAUCAGAUCUCAGAUGAAGGAUCUUAAGAUUAACGACUAACGAGUUUCACGGAGUGAAUGCGUUUUAUUUUGUUUUUCAAUUGUGGUGUGUGUGUGUGUGUGUGUGUGUGUGUGUGUGUGUGUGUGUGUGUGUGUGUGUGUGUGUGUGUGUGUGUGUGUGUGUGUGUGUGUGUGUGUGUGUGUGUGUGUGUGUGUGUGUGUGUGGCGAAUGUGUGCGUUUGCGAAAAUUUGUGCCUGUUUCUUUGUCUGCAUGUCUGUCAGUGGGCGAGUUUGUGCAUAUAUCUGUGUGUGCGCACGCGUGUGCGUGUGCGUGUGAGUGUGUGUGUGUGUGUGUGUGUGUGUGUG